AUGCAAGCUGUGAUUCGUUCGUUUGUCUCCGGUGGAAAUGUGGUGAAAGCUUCCAUGCUGCAACAUCUCCGUGUGAUUAACCCGGCGAUUCAGCCUUCUGUGUUUACUUCACGAUCCGAAACCACUCAAUCUGCUCGUAUGGAAGAACAUGGAUUCGAGAGCACGACCAUUUCUGAUAUCAUGAAAGCUAAAGGCAAAAGUGCUGAUGGAUCUUGGCUUUGGUGUACGACUGAUGAUACUGUUUACGAUGCUGUUAAAUCCAUGACACAACACAAUGUUGGUGCCUUGGUGGUUGUGAAGCCUGGUGAGCAACAAUCACUUGCUGGAAUCAUUACAGAGAGAGAUUAUCUGCGGAAGAUCAUUGUGCAGGGGAAAUCCUCCAAAUCAACAAAAGUUGGGGACAUUAUGACUGAGGAGAACAAGCUUAUCACUGUGACACCGGAGACAAAGGUCUUGCAGGCUAUGCAACUGAUGACAGAGAAGCGAAUCAGGCAUAUUCCGGUAAUCAAAGAUAAGGGAAUGGUGGGAAUGGUGUCCAUAGGAGACGUGGUCCGUGCGGUGGUGACUGAGCAUCGAGAGGAGCUUAACCGUCUUAAUGCGUUUAUUCAGGGAGGUUACUAG